UAAUAUAAAAAAAACUAUACAACUACUUUCCUACCACACACACACACACAAAUGCUUUCUUCAAGAUAUCUUUAAUUUAAAAAGUAAACCCCUUCUGGGCAGCAUCUCAUUUUCCCCACAACACAAAUAUCUUCCAAACAAGAAGUUAAAGUUAAUGGCAGGUGGUGAGAUGUUAAUUACACCUCAUUAAGCACUCAUUCCCUGCCAGAUUGUCUGGUUGGAUUUUUACACAUUUUCCAGUGUUUCUUUCUGGAGGGUUCCCUCGUGUAUGACGAGUGCUUUUGAUUCAUUUCCUCAUUUGCUGCGUGAAAUUCCACCUUAUCAAGUUGCUAAUUGAACUGUGUGUGCUAAAGCUUUGCUACUGAAUUAAACCUGGACGUUUUUGUUUUGCUGAACUGAAAGGUUUCUGUUAUUUAUUUUUUUAAACACCAGUGGUUACAGUAAACGAGCUAAACUUUAAGUUGCAUCACUGCCACCUAUUGGUUGGAUUCCAUUAUAUCCAUCUGAGACGGUGUAUUUUAACUUCAACUGAUGGAUUAAACUUGGACUCAAUUUUCCCUGCUCAGUAAAAACAAACGUAUGUAGUAAGUACAUUUGUAUGUAGUGUAUUUAUAAAGUAUAUUAAUACAUGUAUGUGAUGUAUUUAUAAAAGUAACGUAUUAUAACCAAAGAGGGAGAAAAUGGUCUUUGGGAAUAUUUACAUAAUCAAAUUUUGCUAGCUUGCUACAACAUAUGUAACAGUUAGGGCCAGACCCUCUUUUAACGGUCACUUGUAAACGUUGCUUCACUUGUGGAGAAAUGUAUCCACGUACGUGUAUAUUAGGUGAACAACUUCCCAAAACGUGUUUAUUUUCAUUUUUGAAUUUUUUUUUUUCCUGUAUUGUUCAGUAGUUUCUUGGCAUUUGUAAAUAUUAAAGUAGAUAGAUAUGGAAAAAAGUCAUUUUUAAUUGAUCGUGUAGUUUGUGUAAUCUUAAAAAUAACGAGCGUGUAUUGUGGUAACUACUUACGGAAUAUCACAUGUCCCUCCUCACCAUGGGAAAGAAGAACAAAACUUACAAUCGGUUUCAUUUUGAAUUGUCUAUAUUCGGCUAUGCACACUCAUUGCAUACCUUGUUAUUGUCACAUUGACACAUAGUAAAACAGAGAAGUCUCAUAUGGUCCUGAAGUAAUUCCAAAAGUACACAACAUAUUUCAAAACACACAAAAUCCUUCUGUAUAUUAUGAUGGAGGUCACACGCAUGCACGCACGCACGUUCACACAUUAUAAACAUUUUUCUACGGCGGCGUCUGAUUAAUCCCUCUUUACUUACAGAAUAUAACAUAGAAAUUGACAGCAUGUAUUCUACUGCCCUCUGUUGACAAUUUACGAAAACUUCAACGUUUAGUUUUUUUAAACUUUUUUACAUGAUUUUUUAGACAGACGCCCUGGAUCCAUGGUGGUAGGCGAGCCAUUGUAGGAGGUAUAAAGAAUUUCAACAUUUCUAGGAUAAAUGCUUGUUUAGUAACUGUAGUAAUUUAAAUAUUUAAUAUCAUCGUUCUUACUUUAUUAUACUUGUAUGUAUUAUUACAAUUAUUAUUACUGGUGUUGUUGUUUAUUAUAUGUACAUAUUUAUAUAUGAGUAAUUGGUUAUAUAUAUUAAUCUAUUAUUGACUCUGUACACAUUCCACCAAUUUCCCAGUUUUUGUUUUUUUAGGAGGAUAGCGUUGCUUCUAAUUUAAUGUAAAAACUUUGAAGUUAAUUCAAACAAAUGUGCUUGGAGUAUUUGUUGAUGAAGCUAUAAAAAAAUACUUUUGCUAAUUAGCGGCCAGUAAGGGGCGCUCUCGCUAGUGCUCUGAGGAGAUUUGAUUCCAGAAUCGUAAAAAUAAUUUUCACGAAAUUUAUGGUUGUAAUGUGAUGAGGUUUAUAGUCACUGUACGACGAAAACAGCAACAACUGGAACCAAUGAUUUGACUGGUCCCCCCUGGACACACAGCCACACACAUACCCGCACACACACACACGUGUAUGUGUUGUGUUUUCAUGCUCGUAGAGCACGUUAGUGUGUGAGCGGCCUCCGUACGGCUGUUGCUGGGAGCUCCAGCCAAUCAAAGUCGCUGCUGCCGCUUCUCCCGUACGAGCAAAAAUGACGUCAUGCUCUGCUCCGAGCCUCUCUGCGUAAACAGCGGCUGAAACAUCUUCACCUCCAUCCCAACGCGGCAAAACGCCCUCCGUGGCAAAUCCGUUGACCUGUGUGCGAAACAACACACAGGAAGACAGAGGCGCCGCUGUUCCCUCGGAGUGGUGUCAGUCAGCCCUCACGUCCGUCUGUCGGUCCAGGGGAAUGGCGGAAAGAGAGGCCGCCGCGUUUGUGGAGUGGGACAGCGGCAGAAUAACAUCCCGCCUCUGCAGCCGUGUUUCCUCUGCAUAGCGUGGUUUUUCAGCACUAGUCAUGGAUCCUGAGAACAAGUUAACGUUCUGCCUCGGGUUGAAGUCGGUGGAGAUGACCAUGUCCCUGACGGUAAUGGACAACACCGAAGCAGCUACUGUACGGAGCUCAACCUUCAACCGCAACUCAGUUGCUGUUUCUCAGAAAGAGGCGGACGUGCAGACAGUAAAUCGGGUGGUGAAGCAGCACCGGGGCUCUGGUAGCCAGCCUGUAGUCAGUUCCAAGUACUGUCCUGGUGUCAACAACAACCCAGGUUAUCUGUGUGAAACCGGGCACUGCUGUGGAGAGACAGGCUGUUGUACCUAUUAUUAUGAACUCUGGUGGUUCUGGCUUUUGUGGACAGUGCUGAUCCUGCUCAGCUGUUUCUGUGCUUACCGCCACCGCAGAGCCAAGCUGAGAAUCCAACAGCAGCAGAGACAGAGAGAGAUCAAUCUCAUCGCAUACAACGGAGCCUGCAACUAUCCUUCCUCAAUGCUGGACCUCAGUUUUUUGGCUUCCUUCAAGUUGCCGUCUUAUGAGGAAGUGGCUGCACAGCCCUGCACUCCUCCUCCACCUUACAGCUCCGUCUUUGCCCUGCAGGGUGGUACCAUGGGGGGUCCGAGCUCCACCUUCCCCCACCACUACCCUAACAGUAACCCCUGCCCUCCAUAUCGUGGCCCCGGCCCCGGUGGCAUGACUUCUUCCCAGAGCUCAGACAACUACACCAGCUGCUCCUGUGAGUCCUGCUCCCUCACCUCCCCAUCGAGCACCUCCUUCUCUGUGCAGGUGACAGACGAGACGUACGACAGCAGCCACCUCUCCACUCCCAGUGAUGUGGGAGGUGACGGUGCCAUUAUGCCAAGGUACGGGGCUGGGUUCACUCCACCGCACUCCGCUCCGCUGUCGGCACAACUCCCUCCUGAUGUGGUUCCUGCAGCCACUCCAGAUGUCAUACCGGUUCAGAGACACUCCUCUAUCAGCACCGAAAGAAUCUCUGCAGCUCCAUCAUUUUCUCUUCCACUACAGUCUCAUCGUGUGCAGCAGUCCUGUCUAACGCUUUCUCCCCUGGUCCUGCUAUCUUCCCUUCCACCCGGUCAAUCCCAUGCCCUUGCUUUGUCAGACCCACUUGGAGCCAUGUCUGCGCAGAGAAAGAAAGACGAAGAGAUAUCACCUCAAGGUCCGACGCCCCGUGUCAUGGCGUGUGCACCCAAACAGGCUGUGCUCUCUUCAAAGGUUACAGUGUUUGCACAUUGCAACAGCAAAGAGGAGCAGAAACAGGAAAAAGAAGAAGAAGAUGAGGAGGAAGAUGACGAUGAUGAUGAGGAGGAUCACUUCAGGCACCGACGCCUCACCGGUGACUCUGGCAUUGAGGUGUGCCGCUGUCAUGUGAGGAGGGAGGAGCGAGAGAAAGAGGAACUGCAGAAAGGGUUUUUGGGUAAAGAAGGGAAAAAGAAUGCCAAGGGUGAAGAGAAGGAGGACCUGUUGCAAAACAGCAUGUACUGUUCCCUGGGAGGGAAGGCCAACAGGAAGUCAUCUCUCUUGGACAACUACACUGAGCAGCGUGGCAACUUGUCCUCCUCCUCCUCCUCCUCCACUCUAAACCAGAAGACAGGCAAGGCCAUUGUUACUGUGGAGGCCUUGUAGGCUGACAGCCAAUGAGAGGUAAUGAAAAAGUGAGAUGUUUAAAGAUCACAGACUGUUAAUAUGAACCAAGCGUACUCUACUGUAGGCUAUGGCAGCUGAGUAAAGUCACAAUAAAAGAGUGAAUGUGCUCUGCUGGUUCAAACUCUAACACAGACUUAAAACCAGAGUCUAAUGGUGGACACACAUUAGGGCUGAAGUUGCUCAGUGCCAGGCUAAAGUGCCCAUUACUCUCAUCUCCUGUCCCCUUUGAGUCAGCACUUACAUUACCCCAGAGGCAGGCGAGCUGACGCCUGGUUGCCUCCGACACUUACAACGGGUGACUGUUGGUUAUACGUGGUCAAAGCACCUCGAGUUCUGGCGCGUUGGCCCACAACUUUAAACCACGCCGUGGCAGGUGACCACACGCAGAGCGAUUUAACUCACACUGACUCUAGAAUCUGGACUUUAGGGUGCAGGUGUGAGUGUGAGUGGACCCAAGAAAGAUUUAGGUCCAGUUUUAGGUCUAAAAGGUUUUUUAAGUAUUAUUUAUAGGCUCACAAAAAUGAUCCUGUAGACCUGCCUGCAUAUUUAAGAUGAUUUCCUAAAAACACAAUGUCAUUUUUAUAAGUUGCGACCACCGAUAAAACAAUGCAACAAAUAUGACUUCAUGUCAUUUGAGAUUGACACAUCACAAGAUAGUAGAUAUUAAGCAACAACAUUAUAUGUAAUAUGAUGUUAUUAUGUCCAAAACCAGAGGAGCACUUUGAGUCUUUUAUUGUGGGUCAUGAGGGCCACACAUGGCUUUGCCCAUUUCUUAUGUACAGUCAAUGAUGAGAACAAAAAUUUAAAAUUUAAAAAGUUGCUCGCUGGAGAAAUGAUCAAUUUUUUUGCCUGUACAAACUAAGUAGUUGGUUUUGUGUAAGGUUCAAAGUUUUUUUUUUUUUUUAAUUCCAGUUCCUGACUGUUGGUUUUUUGUCCCACUGCACUACAGUGGCUGUUAAUCUCUUUUGAAUCAACUUCCUAAAAGUCAGAUUUCCUCAGUGAGAGUACAGGAUUUACCUGAGGGAUUUUAUGACUCGUAUGAAUAUUCUGAGAGAUAAUGAAUCUUGACUUGGUGAGUAGGUAGGAAUCACAAAGUACUUACGUGUUCCAAAUAAAAUAGGUUUUUAUUUUGAAAGGAUUUGGUAUAUAGUGUAGCAGUGGCAGCAUACAGACACACUCACCGUAUCUUGUUGUUAUUUCAGAUUGUUAGAUCUUUGUUGGUCACCAAAUAAUGGAUGUAUUUUGUAAAUAUAAAUGAGAAAACAGUGUGUUUUAAUGGGAGAUCCUGAUUAAAUACAUACUGUAGAAUUUAGUUUAAAGGUGCACUGGUCAGAUUUAGGUGCAAUUCAUUUAUAUUCUAUUUAUCAUUGGCCGAGGUCAACUAAUUUAUCAACGCUUUAUUAGGUGUACCCUUGUCUGAAUGGCUUAGAACAACACUUUAAAUUGGCCGACAGCAGACAAUCUUUUUGUGUUUUAAUGCUUGAGAUGUGAGUUCUAGUCUAUCGCAACACCUAGCUGCACCACUAGAUGUUGCUAAAUCCUACUCAGUGUACCUUUAACCCUCUCUGCUAACAUUUUUAAAAACAUAUUUAGAACUGUUCUGAAUAUUUUCGUAAAAUAUUCAAAGAUGUGUUACUGUUGUUGUUGUUGUUGUUGUUGUUGUUGUAGGGUUUUUGUCUUUCCUUUCACCAGCUCUCUGUAGUAGAGAAAACUAUUGACACAAGGCAACUAUUGUAACUGACCUACGGUGUGAGUGUGUGUUAGAUUUAUUGUUUAACGUCGUUCUCCUAAGAGUCAAGGAGGGGGCGCCGAAGGGGGGAGGGGCUUGAUACAUUGGUUUAAAUGUAUGGGUGGCAAAGCUUUACGGUGGUUUUACAGUAAUGUGUGGGUGUAAUAUGAGACUGUUAGAUGAAUAUACUGUGUAACUUCUAGACUGUUUGACUUCGACUGCAACGUGGUUCAAGUGUUUCCCGGGAGAUCAGCAGAAAUCUGACUCCUGUGCAGACGGACGGUUGAGUUUUUACCAGGCACACCUGGUAAUCACACACCUGGUCACUUCACACCACAUGAAUGUUAACGUGAGUGUAAAUAUGUAAAUACUACAACUGUGUUUGGGAACUUUUAUAGCAUGUGGAUCAACCUUUUUUUUUUUUUUAAAUGUCCAAAAGUGCAACCAGACGGUGGUCUUUUUUUUAGGAAGACAAUUUAAGAGCUAGCUUGUUAGAAGUCACCGCUGUUGAAUUAUUAUCAAAUGAAAGUUUUAGAACUGCAGUCACUUUGAUGUUUUUCCUAUACCACGGUUGCGAUCACAGUGAAAGUUGUGCUGCUUCACCGCUAACAUAUCCUGAUUGAGCCUUGAGCCCUCCCACCCCCCGUGUGAAGUUCUGUACUCAUAUAGGAUUAUGUGGAUUUAGUCUCGGCACUACGUGGAA